CUGAGCCAGCUGGAGCCAGAGUCUUUGUUUUGAUGUGAAGGUCUGUGGCUGUGUGUAUGGGCGCUCCUCUAAAUGCGCCGCCCAAUUUGUGUUUCGAGCUUCUCUGCUUUUGUGGUUUACUAGCACCAGAGUGAGGAAGUGUGUGGCCAUACAGUUAUCAUGUUUUUGUGCUGAGCAAGAGAAAUAUAUAACGGUGAUUAUUGGGAUUUCUCACUCGGCAACAAGAUUCUACCCUUCAUUGCAGCUGUGGUUAGCAGGUGACCGAGGAACAAUCACAGAAAUCAAGGCAAGGUGUAAUGAUUCACGAGGAUGGCCGAGGGUCAUGCUGAGGACGCACCGCUACUCGGGGGAUCCGACUCGGUCUCUCCUGGUGAAUGCUCCCCAGACCGGCAACCUGGCAUCGCCAGAUCAGCAACAGUAUGGCCAACAGUCACAAGCGGACAGAGCACAGAGGUCCCUCAGCCAUGGCCACCUGACUCUUGGGUACGUGUUCGGGAGCCUCCGUCCCUGGACACCCUGCACGUACCUGCCCAGGGGGAAAGCCCUAAGCUAGUACGAUCGCAAUCCAGCAUGGACAGUGGGUGUGAGUGUGAUGGAGCAGACACUGAUGGUGGCCCCCCUCAUGAGCCCCCCAUACCCCAUCACCACCACCAGGAUUCAGGAGAUACCCACGACCCCGCUGGCUUCUCACCCCUAUCUCCUUCGCAACCUGGAGGGUCCGGGCCACCCACGCCUGGACCCAGCAGCCAAGUAGUGGUAGUGGUGACCCCCAACACCCAUUCUUAUUCCCACAUCCCAGACACGGAUCCGAUCCUCCGUCCUGGCUGUGGCAACAACCAAAGCUACGUCUGUGAUAUCGGCUUGGGCGUCGCAGGAUCCACCCGGAUGGAGCCCGGCGCCCACACCGACCCCCAUACCAAAGUUACCUUCAUGAUCGAGGACGACGACGACGACGAAGAGGAGGAUGACGACGACAAUAACUCAGAGAGAUGUGGGAUGACAGGUGUUGGGAUGAAUGCCAUAGAAACUGCAUCGCUGAGUGGCUCAGAGCCUGGCGAAGAUUUCAAGGAGCAGCUGAGACAACAUGUUACUGCCAGCUUUCCCAGAGUACCCUCAUAUUCCAGAGCAGGAGUGUUAUCAGCAUCAUCAUCAACAGCGUCCAUGCCAAUGUGCCGCAUCUGCCAUCACCCACAAGGAGAAGGCUUAGAUUUGCUCAUUUCUCCAUGUAGAUGUGCAGGAACCAUGCAGUUCAUCCACCAAGGCUGCCUUAAUAAAUGGUUAGAAGUGAAACGAUCCAAAAAAGCUCCAGCUUGUGAAUUGUGCAAUUAUCAGUUUCACCGACACAAAAAAUUUCGACUAAAUCAUUGGCAGCUUCCCACCUGUUCCCGAGCUGACAAGAUCCUUCAUUCUAUCUUCUUAGUGUGUCUCAUUAUCAUGGCAGCUUGCGCUACAAUCACAAUCAUCUGUUUUAAACACGACCGAAUUCUCCCGAAGAAAACUGACGACGCGGAGCUAACGAAGUCCGAGGUCAUCACAUUAACAUGUGGCGUGCUCUUCUUUGUUGCCUUUUUCGUUGCCAUGUAUGUUGAAGUGAAGGCAAGAAAUACAUUGUAUAGGCUAUUUACACGUUUCAUAUAUCUAAACCAAACAUGGCACAUAGCGGAAUAUGAUAGACGAAAAGAUUCACAGUUUGGUCAUGCUCCAGUUUAACCCAACAGUGUGUGAGUUGUUAAAUAUUUUUGAUGGACUUGUUACAUGACAUUUUAGUGUUUUGUAGAUGAACAAAAGGAACCGGUUCUUUGGUUAUUUCUAUGAUGUAUUGAUGCUUUUUUACACAUAAUCUGUAUUGUGCGUUUCAUACUAUUUGUAAUUAAAAAAUAUUACCAUUGAUA